AUGGCGCAACCACUUUCCGAGGAUGACAUCUACCGCACGUCAACCCAGUACCGCCUCUGGUCCUUCUCGCCCGAGAGCCUGGCAUCCCAGCGCAAGAAGACACAUGAGCUGGCUGUAGACCGAGCACAACGAUAUGCCGACAGGGACACCCAUCUCUUGACAGAAGGAGAAGAGCUACGCCUGGUCCAAAGGUACUGCGAACAGAUCCGUACGACGAGUGAUCACUUCAAAUGGCCCGUCAACGUCAAGGCGACCGCGGUCCAGUACCUGCGGCGCUUCUACCUUUCCAACUCAUGCAUCACAUACCCGCCCAAGGAGAUCUACAAGACCGUGCUGUUCCUCGCUUCCAAGAGUGAGGCGACGCAUGUGACGCUGGCGGACUAUGCUAGAAGAAUCAGCACGGAUCCGGAGGCUAUCUUGGCGGCGGAAUAUAAGGUCAUGCAGGCGCUGAGGUUCACGUUGGACGUGCGUCAACCGUUCCGAGGGCUGAAAGGGUGCCUGAUGGAGCUGCUGAACAUGGCUGAAGGUAUGAUCGGGCAUAUGGAAGGAGUCGAGGAGGGUAUGUCAGAGGGAACGGUGGUUGCAGAGAGGACGAAGGAGUUGCCAUCACCAGGAGAAGGCUCCCACACGAAAUGGACGCCGCCGAGCAAUGGAAAGACACAGCUCAAGCAUGUGCAAGACCGGAUCCAAGCUGCGUACAGUGCUGCUCGCGUACUGCUCGACGGUCCAGCUUCUCUGACAGAUGUCUACUUCCUCUACACGCCCUCUCAAAUCCUUCUUGCGGCCUUGCAACUCGCCGACGGGCCGCUCACGGGCUUCUACUUGAGCUCCAAGCUCCCGACAGACGCCCCAGUGCGUCCGAAAAUUCUGGCCACGAUAUCAGCAUGCGCGGACAUGCUCGCGGCGUUUAACCAGUCGCAAGUGCUAACGAAGGACGAGCGAGCGAAACUCGAGGAGAGGCUGGAGAAGUGCAGGGACCCGUCCACGAAAGAUCUGGUGAAAGCUUUCGCAGCUAUGCGACAGGAUGGCACCGGUGAAGAUGGUGCUGGGGAAGAGAAGGCGAAGCGAAGGAAGGUUGCCAGAGAAAAGAAUGAGAAGGAGGGCCAGGACUUGUUUGGACCGUCUUUGACUGCCAGCGGAACGUGA